UGCUCAUCACCUUCACACACAACAAACCUUUGCAUCAGCCCCUUACAUACUUACCUCAUUUCUCAAGAAAUUAAAAAACUAAAAUUUGAAGGUGAGUUUGUAUAUCUGAAGAGAUCGAUCUGUUGCAUGCCUAUGGAUUCUGCUACUGCACAAGCUCAUCAUCACCAGGAAAUGGGAUCACAAACACUAGAAAGCAUGUUGGCAAGCACAAAGGCGGCGCAGCCUGCAAAGAAGCCACGGCCGGCGGAGCAAUCCCUAAAAUGCCCUCGGUGCGACUCUAGCAACACCAAAUUCUGCUACUACAACAACUACAGCCUCUCCCAGCCCAGGUACUUCUGCAAAUCCUGCAGAAGGUACUGGACCAAAGGCGGCACGCUCCGCAACGUCCCCGUCGGCGGCGGCUGCCGUAAGAACAAGCGCUCUUCAACUUCCGGCCGCCGCAACCACGACCACCCUUCGCCCUACGAUCCAAUGCCCGUGUUCCGGAAGCCGACACCUGGCGGCCGCCUCGGGCUGGACGACCCCGGUCUCAUGGAUGCCCUGAGGGACGGGCUUCACAACCUCUCCGGUGGCGAGGGGGGUAGUUUCGGAAUGGAAUGUGGAGCCGGGUUCGGGAUAGGUCUAGGGAAUGGAAUGGAGGUAGGAAUUGGGGCACUUGAUCAAGAGAUGGGAUUGAUGGGGUUUGAGGAAUUUUGUAGUGGUGGGGGGGCCGCUGGAGCAGGUGUCUGCUCCAGUGGGUCUGGGGGAGAGAGGUGGGGAUUGAACACGUGGCAAAACGGUAGUGGUGGUGAAGGAAGCUUGAGUGACCUUGAGUCCACUAGGAUUGGAAGCUGGAAUGGGAUUGUCUCGUCUAGUUGGCACGGGCUUCUAAAUAGCCCUCUUAUGUAACCGGGCCAUACUGGGUCGAAAUUUCGAUAAUAUAUAGAGAGAGUGUGAUGUGUUGAUGGAGGGGAUGCAUCUUUCUUAAUUUGGUUGUGUAUUGAGAAAAGGAUAUUGGAAUUAUCUAACAAAGGGCAUAACCUAAUGUUUUGGGGAAAUUUGCCAAACUACACUAGUUACCUAUAGAUUUUGUGAUCGUUUACAUUCAAGUAUGAGUCUCUUGUCACAUGAAUUUUCUUCAUUUGUUUAAUGUUGGGAAUUUUUUAUGUUUUAGUGUCUUAUGUUGCACCUCUA